CUCGCCACCGCAGGCGGGACCGGGAGGCGGGGACGCUAGGGCAGGAGGUGGCGGGAGCCCCGCUAGCACAGGAAGUCGCCCCGCCGGGAGAGCAGGGAGGAGGCGGAGCUGUGCCGCUCGGCCCGAGGUGUGAUGUGUUCCGGGUACAUUGCACUCCUUUAUGUUYGCUGCAGAGAGCUCUGGUCAAACCACUGCUCAGAAAAGCCUGGAGAGAAAUACGUGAAWAUAUAUACAAGCAGCUGAGUUCCAGUGUUUAAUUACUGCUUCACACUGAAUGACCAGGAUUUUUCCRUACAUCUUUCCUUAAGAACAUACUUUCGCAAAAGUGAUUUUUGGAUUGAAAACAAUGGGUAGAAAAGAUGCCUCUACAUCAAGGACUCCUGUUGACCAGUACAGGAAACAAAUAGGGAAACAAGAUUAUAAGAAAACCAGGCCUAUGUUAAGAGCUACAAGAUUAAAAGCAGAGGCCAAGAAAUCUGCACUAGGCGUAAAGGAAGUUGCCCUUGUCCUUGCAGCUAUACUGGUAUUUUUGUUGGCUUUCUAUGCUUUUUUUUAUCUUAAUGUUUCCAAUGAAGUUGACCUUGAUCUGAAUCCAGAUGAAAACUAGCAGAUGCAAUGAAUCUAUCAUCAAGAUUUCUUCAGCUUCAACAAGACUACAUAGGAACACACAGUCCCUUCACUGUGAGACAGUAAACGAUGCCAUUUCUUGCAGUCCAAAUUCAUAAGAAARUUUUGCAAUAUGUCAGUCACAUUCCAGAUCUCCAAAAUAAGAACACUUAUACCUGGCUGAGUGUAUUUGAUUAAAACCAAAGCCAGGAGCAACAGUAUAAUACAUGAAGUUUAUUGUUUACAUUAUUUUUUUCUCAGACAGAGAACUUUGAUGUCGAAAGACAGGUGCUAUUAUUAUCAUGGGUAUUGAUGCUGACUUCACAGGAGUGUCUGCCUUGACCAAAUUUAGGAAUCAAAGCUUCCUAACAACCAAAUUAGUUUCCUUUUCCUUUCCCAUAAGAAAGCAGAAAUACCAAAUAAAAAGUCUUUUUUUCAUUGUGUUUAAUAUAUAUAAAAAACCCCUCAUCCUUUCUCUCCCUUUUAAUCUUUCUGGUGCAUGUGUACACAGGCGUAUGCAUGAAGAUGGAAGAAAUUGUAGGAAAAAAAUACCUUUUUACAAGCAGUCUGUCACCUCCGAUAUGGACUUAAUUUUCUGUCAUUCCAGAUUCUGUGUGCCCAUAUAUCUGCAGUAAUCUUUUUCAUUCUUUUGCCAACUGUUCAGCACACAUGUGUUCUGUUAGAAAUGGCACCUGGAUGACAGAAGCUCUAACAUUCRCAUAUGCUUCUGAAACACAGUUCUUUGCCUCCUGUGCUGUCUGAACUAGUGUAAAUAGAAAGUUUAGUCAAUGUUGAUUUUAAUUAGUGUAUUGGUCUACUAUUAAUAUGAAGUCAAAAUUGUAUUUUAAUUAUGCUCWUCCUGAUGGUUUUAGUAUCAACUUGCUCUACCUGUUAGGGGCAUGUUGUAUAAAAACACUGGUUUCCAGCUAUACAAUCAUUUUGAUCAUCAAACUAAUGUGAGAGGCUCAAAGUAAUAAGAUACACUUAUUUUUCUGAUGUACUAAUAAUUAGUAAAUUUGGCUCCAUUGCUUCCUUCAGUUCUUGCACACUACCUUUUUGCAUUUUUUUUCCAUUUGAUAGCCACAAGCCACUUGAAGAAUUUGGUGUGUCAGAGCAGCUGCAGGAAGCUUUAAAAUUCUAGCUUUAUCCUGUUCUGCUUUGAGUUUGGCAUAUAACUGAGCUUGUGGAUGURAAGUUUUGAUCUGCUUAAAAAUGUGGUCAGUCUUUCUCUGAAUGAAAUUCAGUUCCAGUUCAAUUUGAUAUCAAGAAAAACAUAGAGUUAUUGGUGCUGAAUGUGGCUAGGAAGUUUAGGUAGACUGACUUCCAGAAAAGUUUUCAUAGUUCWGAAGUCAGUGAACUAGCUUGGCUUUGCCUUUGAUACCAGUUUCAGAACUGAAUGUUAGGUUUAAUUGCAACUGAGGUAUUUACUSUCUUGUUCCUGAGAUGCCUGACUAAGGUUUCUUAUAGUGAUUUUGAAGUCAAAGGGAUACAAAUCACAGCAAAUAUUAAAAUAGAAAAUAUAUUUCUUUUAAAUUGACACAGUCCCAUUAUCACCACUUAAGAAACUUGGAUCAAUACAGUUAAUUUUUAAAACAUACAGUAACUAUGACCAUAUACAUUAUGAGUCUCUAAGGAGCCACUUCGUGUAUGUCAUAGUCCUCAUUCACUUUAUGUAGUGCAAAACAACUCCUCUGGAAAUUCAGAGUACAAUAGUCUUCCAAAAGUAUAUGAAUGAGAAACAUGUAUGUGCAAAUAUGUCUCAUUUUCUAAUUAUGACUGUUACAGGCACAAAAUCCUAACAUUUAUGCAUUCAUGUGACUUAUAUUCCGCUGCUACUCACACACAUGAUCAGACACCUUGCAACAUGUUGAAUUUAUGGUGRAGCAUUAUCUGACACAUGGCCCAACUUUCAGUGGAGGGAAAAGCAUGUCACAGCCUGUCUCCUUGAAUGUGACAUGCUGUUCACUUCACCAGCACCCAACCACAUGUCACAGAAGAUGCAGACCUCUCCUGUUACUUUGCAUUAGCAAUUUUCAUGUUCUUUAACAUGCUGGAAGGUUGUUUUCUUAAUGUCAGCAGAUAGCUCUCUGGGUCAUGUGUGGUCUGAGAAAGAUGCAUAUUACUCCCUUCAUGCACSUCAUCUUGUGACCUGCUCUCUCAAUUGUUUGCACUAAAAAGCAAGCAAUUCUUACUGUCAAAUUUAUGAAGUUCCUACUACAGGAAUAUUCCGUUUUCCGUAAUUAUGAAUCAGACCAAAUCUGARGUGCAUAUAUAUGUGAUUCUGUCAGCUUCCCUGAUGUGUGGUGUAUGAGUCCAUAUUGCCUGUAGUUUGCAGUUUGUCUAUUGGCUUUGUUUGGKUUAGGCCUUUUCAUUUGCAUGAAAGGUCAUAGAAUUAUGAAAUCUUUGAAUGGUUUGGGUUAGAAGGGACCUGAAAGAUCAUCGUUUUAAAACACCUGUCAUGGCAGAGGCACCUUCUACUAGAUCAGGUUGCUCAAAGCCCUGUCCAACCUGGCAUUGAACACCUCCA